UAGAUUCGCCAUAUUUAAAUGCAAAAUUACAGUUUAUGAGACGAUUUUAGGACAUAGCAUGUGCUCUCCUCUAAAACUGCUAAAAACUGACAUUGUGGGUUAUGUGAGAGAUGCAGAUGAUAUUUUGAAGUGUUGAGGAUAUUAGUGCGGUGCGAAGUUUGGGUUGGAUAGAAAGAGAGACAAUGAAUAUCACCUGGGGCUUAGUUAUUGCCGUUUCGGCAUUUCUGAUUGAGGUCGUCGUCUACGGGGUCAGCCUUGCCUUUGGAAUAUAUGUUAUAGAACUCCAAAAAGAGUUCGAUCAAGGCUUAUCUUUGAUUUCAGCCAUUGGUUCCAUACACUUUGGGUUCCAACUGUCUGCCGGCCCUCUGGCUAGUUUUUUAAUGAGAAAAACGUCAUACAGGAGAGUUUGUUUGCUGGGAGCUUUGCUAAGCAGCAUUGGAUUAUCCGCAUUACCCUUUACUCCAAAUUUGCCAUAUUUGAUAGUGUUUUAUGGAGUUUUCACAGGUUUAGGGUACUGUUUUCUCUACAUACCAUCCCACACACUCUCGGGACUCUGGUUUGAACAAAAAAGGGGUCUCGUGACAGGUGUGGUAUUUUCCGGUUCUUCACUGGGAGGCGUUGUGUUUCCAUUUAUUAACAAGGAUCUCAUCGAAGUGUAUGGGUGGAGAGGAUCCAUGUUCAUAAUUGCCGCUGUUAACUUGCAAACUUUCAUAUUAGCUGGGCUCUUGAGAGAGUCCCCAAUACAACGUGAGUGGAAAAAGACAAAGUCCAACACGGUAAAUACUGACUUGUCAGAAAGCACAACAACUGUUUUUACCGUUCAUGAUGUGUCUGAAAACUCUAUUGGUUGCGAUGGAUCAAUAAUAACAAAUGAAAGGUGUUCACACAAAGCUAGAAAGAUGACAAAAGACCCCGUAACAAAAGCAAAAUCGACAUUGCUGCAACUCUUGACCAAUGGUCCAUAUGUUCUUUUUACAAUUAACAAUUUUUUAUGGAACAUCGGUACUACAUUGAUGCUACUCCUUGGUCCCGAUUACUACACCAAAAUUGAUCUAAGCUUGACCCAGGCGGCAACGCUUAUGUCCAUUUUUCAAGGUACAAAAGUAUGCGGUAGCGUCGCGGGUGGAUUUCUGGGGAAUCACCAUAGCAUCAACAGAUGUCUGUUGUGUUUGUCCACAAACUUUGUGACGGGGCUGUGUAUCACAGUCUUAACCUUGCCGGUAUUGCAUAACAUGUUGGCCCUCGCUUUGGUCAACUCCCUUUAUGGAUUAUCUGCUGGCAUUACACUGAGCCUUACAGUAACUUUGGUCUCGGAUUUCGUGGGAAGUAGGCUGAUUGGGGAUGGAAUGGGUUACCUUAUGUUAGCCUGUGGAGUAGGCUGUUUCAUUGGACCACCGGUUGGAGGUUACCUGAGACAACAAACAGAUUCCUAUGAAAGUGCCUUCUAUUUUGCUGGAUUAUCCGUAUUAUUGAGCGGAAUUGUGAUGUUGAUCAUUCCAAUAAGAGACUGUUUUAAACGAUCCAAUAAAUAUUCAAUAUCAGGAUCCAGUAAACCACGAUAAAAUAUAAUUAAUUAUUACAUAGACAAUUAGGUACAUAAAAAACGAAUUCCAAGGAACUAUUCUCAAAGUAGUAAAUAAAUGUUACUGUCUCUAAAAAAAAAUGGGGGGGGGGUCAAAAUACAGCGGCCAGGUUUGAUUGCUGCUAUGUGACCCUGUUGCUUAACAACAAAAGUAUAUAUACUAGUAUUUGAAUACUAAAUAUGUGAAAUAACGUCAAUAUUAAGCAACUUUUUUUUCAAAUUUAGAUUUUUUCGUGAUUUUUUUUUCUGGUAUCUUUCAUAGUGUAUCAUUGUUUAAUGUAAUUGAUGUGCAACAAUAUGUCCUUAAUUUUACUUUGUAUAAUAUCAAUGACAACUGACUCCUGGUAAAGAGAAUGGUCGAUGCUUUUAAAGUACUUUCAUAAGUAAAAAUUUCUGCCAUGAGCAGCAAGAAUGGCCACGAAACAUUUCCUAAGGUUUGAUAUAAGAUGGUUCCCAAGACAUGACUUGGGAAAAAGAGUUGGGAACAUCCUAAGAUCAACCCAGGACGUAUAUUUAGGUGUAGCUCGACGGUAACUUAAGAACAUCUUCAGUUAGGGUAUCCUAACAUACUAAAAUCUUUUUUUAAAUAUAUUUAUUCAUAUAGAAUUUGAGAGGCCUUUGCAGUGAAAAAUCAUAAUAAUUUUGACAGAGAUUAUUUGUACAUUGAGACAAUAUAUAUUCAUUUAUUAUUAUAUUUGGAUUGUAUAGCUAUGCAAAAAUACACAUAUUUUGAAAAAAAUAAAACUUUUGAUAAGUGUUUAUCGCCUAUUCCAGUCAAAGUUACUUAAUAAUAAGUGCCUUAAAAGAGACUUGCUAGAACUAAAACUUUUAACUGCAAUACAAUUCAUGAUUAACUUGAUAACUUGGAGAAACAUUGAAUAACGUAUAGUUCUUAAUUUAUGAACAAAUGUACAUUCUUUGAAGUUAGAAAUUGUUUGAAAUCAUUGGUAAUUUUGCCAUUCUGGUAAGCAUAAGACACUAGUUUUUGCGCAAAAUUUAUUGUCAAAACAGAGAGCUAAUUUUCCUUCAGUCUACAAAGUAUUAAAUAUCAGCUUAUUUCAAAUAAUAUAUACUUCUUUAAAUCAUUAUCAAGAAAUAAAUUGACUUCAGCAAUAAAAAAAAAAUGAUCUUACAUGGUUUAUUUGAAUCUAUGUUGUCUCCUGUGCCAAAAAAAUCUGAUUUAUUGGUGAAUUAUCAAAACAAGGUACAGGGUCUUACUCAUGCCAAUAUCAUUAUUUAAUUAUUAAUAUGUAAAGAAUCUUAAACAGUUUUAUGAAUUCAUCAGCCAACGCUCACGUAGUGAGGGAAAUUGGGUAAGGAGCUGAGCGAUUUGUCCCGUUGUCCAUGUAUCUUUAAUCUUACAUACAUACAAAAUAUACG